CCUGUCAAGUAGAAGAAAAAAACAAGUAAUGGUGGAAAUUUUAUUCUGAAACAAUUGCUAAUUGCUUCCAACGGAAUUUAAAUCGAACAUUUGCUAUGAAAUUAUACUUCAUUUAUUUCUUUGUGAGAUUGGGAAAAAAUUGUGCCGAGUGAAAAGCUGAUCGAAUGAGCAAUCUUCAGCAAAGACAAAAGAAGUAACGAAACGAAGCGGCAGUAGCAGCGAGCAACUCGAAUGAUGAGGAUCAGUCAGAAGAAAUCGCAAGUGAAACUUUGCGGAUUACAUUAACCAAUGAUAUUCGUAUAACCAACAGGAUCAGCGAUGGAGUUUUCGUUCGGAAAUUUGGGUUCAGUAACCUUGUGUGGGGAUGCUUCCUAUGAUUAUCAACAUAUCAAUAAGCUUUGGUUGAACUACGUGACGAGUGACGAUGACAACAACGGUGUGGUAGUCGAUAAAGGCAGAAAGACUGCACGUUUGGAGCUUUUUCUGUAUGAGUUCGAUAAGCUAAAUGAUGAACAGCGAAUGCACUUUCAGCGAUCAAACACUUUGGAAGCUGUUUCGUCCGUCUUAUCGCGACAAUUGUUACUGUUUAUUUACGAGAUCUGCGAUUCGUCAAAAGACUUGAAGGCCCCUACUACUACUACUACUACUACCAACAAGACGGGAGAAUCUCGCAGGCGAACCCCAUCCGUAGAGUCUUCGCUUUCAUCGGCAUCAACAUACGCGACGGCACGGAGCGAAACUGGACUGCAACCGAGUAACGUUUGUACACCUGACACUGUUGUUACUGCAGACGACACUACACGAGUGGACGAAGUCGCGAAUCCACUACUAUUGCAUGACCAAAACGAUAACGAGUGCGAAGGUGUUCAUGUGGUAGAAUCUGGCGAAGAUCGUUGUCAGGAUUUGAGAACUUUUCUGUUAAACGGCAUCGGGGGUAAAAUUUUGCGGACGUUGGAACUGAUUGGUGCUAAAGACAUUGUUAAUGGUCGUGAAUUUGCUAAUGUGCUUAUCGGAAUUCUUCCCACACGAAGGUGGUGCACAUCACAUCAAGCUGAUUUAGAAUACGCAGAAGAAUACAGUGAACAACUAUUGAAAGUAUUUAAAAUGCGCGCAUUUAAUGGCGAUUGGCGGAGCAGUACAAAGCGAAACUCGCUCAACCUAAGUUCUUCGCAAAUUAUUCAGUGCUCAAGUCCAACGCUGACAACCCCGCUUUCACCUACGCGUUGUUUACUAGCAUCAUCACCUACCUCACCCGAAUGUCUCGUGUUGCCAACGUUCAAAAUUGUUGACUAUCGAAGCGAGACCACUAACGAGACUUCAAAAGCGAUACUAUCACAGGAUCAACUCACGAUAACGAUACUAAAUUUGCUCGAAAGUUUGGUGCUGCACGAAAACAUUCUUACCAUAGACGAGAAAUCCGUCACGAUCAGUUGCCUUCGGAUGGCCAUCGAACGAUUGCAUCAGCAAGAAAUGCUGGAAGAAAAUUCCAGGAAUCGGUUGAUCCUACGGCAUAAGCUACUGGGAAUACUGAUGCUUGGGCUGAAUAAUCUAUUUUUUCUGGACACCCUCGAAAGCGACCACGUUAACCUGAAGCAGAUUGCGACUGGUGUCAUGGAAUUACUGCGAAGUGAGUUGCACAGCAACAACGCAGAUCCUAUUGGCUGUGAUUUUAUCUACAACCUAACCUACACAAUAGUGUCAACGGUGAAUCAGGUAUUUCUAAACUACGCUGAAAAUCUCGUUAGUGAACAGUUUUUUCUGUCCAUCUUUCGGUUACUGGAGAGCAACCUGGACAUAAUCAAACACGUCUACUGUCAACUGCACGAUUCACACAGCAACUGUCAACCCCAACUGGUUGGCAUCCUGUUGAAAAUGCUUCAAAACUUCAUCACUAGUCUAACGCCGAAUCGAAUGAGCACGAAAAAACCCAACAAAACUCGGUACCGUUUACAUCACUCGCGGCAAGACUCACGAAUUGCUUACGUGUGUGCCCUCGAGAACGUUCUGCUCAAUAUUUUCCCUAUCGUGAAAUACACCGAUCAACGCACGUUGCUCAAGUUCUUCGCGGCGAAUCAAAUCUGCUGCUGUAAUGCCACCAUCAGAACACUCGAAAUUCUCCUAAAGCUCACCGGAGACGAUGUGAUCCCACGGAUCAGUUUAAAUUUUGUCAACCGCAGCAUUACAAGUUCCAUCUUUGCCCGAACUACGUGCGAAAGCUGUGAAGGCGAAAAACUAAAUGAUCAAUUCUACGAGCGGUUCGCCAAAGUUCACAGGGAACUGUUCGAAGCCUUUGGCAAAUCGGAAAACCGUCCAAAAAUGCCAAAUUUGCUCAAAUACCUUCAAGAAACGAUCAAAAUAGUUCCGCAUCGACUGAGUAAGUUUGUACUGUUUGAGUUGGUGUUGCCUCAUCUGCGUACGGAAAAAGCUGACUUUGUUGGUGAAAAUCUGAACGACACAACCAAGGAGAUUGUUAACAGUUGUUUGGUGAUCGUGGGAAGGUGUUUGCGAGAUGUGAGCAUAUUCGAAACGUUUUUCACCGAAGAGAACCGACAGCUGCUUGAGGAGUUGUCAAAACGAGCGGAAUUCGUCUACCAAGUUGGGCUGAUUCUGAAAAUGGGCAUCGGAAGUUCCUAUCAACUAGAAGGACUGGAGAAACAGUUAGUCAGGAUCAUGUUGGAUAACCUGAAGGAUUUGUCCGAUUAUAUAGGGCAACUUUUCAAACUACUUAAAACAAGCAACGUGCAAAUAGAUUUGAGAGACACGGUCAGCAAAAAUGUUCCGGUCAGUUUGAAACCAGUAUCGACCGCCAACGUUCUGCAGCUCUACAUCGAACAUUGGAAGCUAGUCAAAUAUUUUCUAACGGUGAAUGAUCGUUUUUACGAUUCCUUCGUGGACAAAUUCGAUGGCCUCGAAAAUUUUCUUUCGGUUGCUUACAAUCUGUUCAGUCUGCUUCUUUACCACGAACAACCUAAACCGGACAGGAUGCUUUCGGCUGCCAAAUUAACCGACGUCAUCAAUGAGUGUUCUGAACCGGAACGUCGAAGCAUCCUCAACAUCUUUCAUUUCAACGAUAAACUGAUCGAUAACCAAAUGAGCGACGAAGAGUUCUUCUACAGUUGUAACGCGUCGACCAUUUCCGACGAUCAAGCGAUAGACGAAGAAUAUUCCUUCUUGCAUGAACUAACAACCUUAAAUGGCUUCCCGAAACAGGCUUUACAGUUAACCAAUGGUAAAUUGGAGAAAAGUUGGUCACUGAUGGAAAUGUUCAAUAUCAAACAUCUGCUGGCGGAAUUAAUGAACGAGUAUCUGCCCGUUGCUAUGAAAUCCCACCCCCGUUAUGAGGAACUGCCGGAGCAAGUUCGCCAACUACUCACCGGCAGUGGGUUUAUUCGCAAACGAUUGGCCACGCUGGCGGAACUGAUUCUGAGCGUAUUUCAGCUGCUGGUGGAAAAGAGCAACCGGUUAGAAACCGUGAUGCAAUCCGCUUUGAUUGAACUGAAAAAGCUUAUUCUAAGUGGAGCUUUCGACAGCUGGGACUCCCCGGAGGUGACGAAAAAUGUGAUGAAUGUGCUUCAGUCGUUGUUGAAAAUUUCCGAAGUGCGUGGUAGUGAAUGUGGAAAUUUCGAAAUAGUGGAUGAUCACAAUCAGCAACAGCAGCAGCAUUAUUUCCCAGUGUCAUCGUUCGGAGUGCAAAAGAUUUCCAGUGCCGACGAUGACGUCAGUUCAACGGAUGAAAGUUACACCACUGCCUACGACGACGGUUACGAAGGUGAUGCGGAAAAUGAUCAUUUCAUGCCGAUUGUGUACAACCGGAAGGGUGAUAGGCGUUCCCGCGAGGGCGAAUACACCAGGGUAAAUCAAAAUGUCUGCACAAUUGUUAUCGACAUUUUGAUUGAACUGUCGAAGAAAUGUGCUACCAAUCCGCAGAACUGGAGCUCGGUGCUCGCCCAGAUGGUGUUGAAACUGAACGGGAUCAAGAAUUAUUUGGGUGGUUCGCUGUAUUUGAUCAAAGGGUUUCGACCGAUUUUGGAGAAAAGUGAUCUUCAACUGAAGGAACUGCAAACCUCAAUUCUGGAGUUGAUUACCGAUUUGGAUAGUCCGGAAGUGUUUUCGAAAUUUCUUCAAAUACUAAGCCUGGAAGAUCCUCCGGUUCAUUUGAUCCUAACGAAAUUGAUGAACCUGGUGGAUGCAAACUUCAAGCUGGAAUGCUACACCGAGUUACAAUUCCCCGAUCCCAAUGAUGACAGUACCCGGGUAUCGACCUGUGAUAUAUUACUGUCCAAAAAAAUCAACUACCUUCGAGAACAUCAUCGCUACUUCAACAUACGGUCUGCGUUCACCAGUUCGGCAAUGAUAGUCCCACUGAACUAUGUCAACUUUUCGCCAUGGAACGCCGAAGGUUUUACGGCAACCACCUGGUUCCGUUUGGACCCGGUACAGCAGGAUAGCAAUCGACUCACGAUGACACACUUGAUAUCGGUGGGCAGUGAAAAACAAAUUGUGUCCAUAUUUUUAAAUCGCCAAAGACAGUUUACCGUGCGUUUCAACAAACCGGAUCGCAUCAUUUCCAGUGUCAAUACAAAACUGUACCUGGGUAAUGCCGUGGGUUUAACCUGUUGCGAAAAUUGUGCCAAAGAACUUUCCCAUCUGUGGAGCCACAAAAUCUUUCUACGGUCUACGGAACCAAUGACUCUUGGAUUUCGACUCGAUGUGGCAGGAGCGCAGUGCGUCUAUUGUUACAAAUAUUUACAAACCGGUAAAGGGGCGGCAACUACCAAUGUGUCGGAUGAUUAUUUCUACGAUUUAGACUCGAAACAGUUCACGCUGAAAGACCUCCAGCUGUCGGAAAAUCUUUGGUGUUUGGUGGCACUUUCGGUUCGUCAGUUGGACAAUUCCAUCGCCAUUGUCGUGACCUUGGACGGAACUCAACAGCAAAGUUUAACCAUUGUCGAUCCGUGUAAGAUUCACAUUGAUACUGCUCUACCGAUAAUUGCCAUUGGCCAUCGGGUUGGCGUUGACGACGAUCAUCCGCUUAGCUUUUCGUUGUCGAACGUGCAGCUGUUUAAAAAAUGCAUUUCAGAUCUUUCCAUCAUGGCUAACAUCUAUGCCCUCGGACCGAACUGGGUCCACCUGACAGGUCUAGCCGGGGAAGGUGAAUUGAUUCCAAAUUACGGAAUGCUGAACCUCUCGAAACUAACGAUAGAUGAUCUCCAACUGGGCAACGGUUCACAGUUACUGCACCGAUCGUACGUGGGUUGCUUGGCUGCUCACAAACCGGAUGUGUUUAUAGCGACCAAAUCCGGUUAUGGAAAAAUAUCCCUAGGAAUAUUAAGCUUUUCACCCCGACUGACACCUAGGGAAAACUCUUCGCUGCAGAAAUCGAUUUUGCUUUCCGGAGGAAUCAGCACAAUACUGUUUGCCUUUGCACGAAUCGUUGAACUAUCGGACUCAGCUCGAAUCCAUGCCAAUGGACUCACCUUGCUGUUGCGAGUUGCUCACGAUAAUCACGAUUUUUACAACGAAUUCGUACAACGCGAUCUACUUGAGUUGGUCGGAAUCGUGCUGAAAAACAGGAAAUGUCAGAAGGAAAUUUGUGUACUCGCUGCCUUCCUGGAAGUUGCCUUCGAUCAACCGAUUUUGACACGUCGUAGUGACACCUACUGUGUUUUGGUAAACUCCGUAGCCAGGGUCCGGUACCCGGAGCUAAUAAUAUUCUUUUUCGAAAAUUUUCCAAUAUGGAUCGAACGGUCGGAGGAAGUCCUUAAUCUGGUAUUUGACGUGCUGAUCACGGUAACGCGAGAAAAACAUCCCGGAAUGGUUUACAACUGCAAACGACUGGCCGGUGCCGGACUGGUUCCCACUUUGAUCGAUUUUUGCCGAAUUAAUUUCGUGAUUCCGCAGAAAACAGUGAAAAUAUCACGAUCGGCAGCUGAUUCGCUAGUUGCCCUCAUUUCGGUUUUAUCAAAUACUCCACCGAAAAUUAGUUUACUAAAAGAAAUCAUUGAGUUACUGCUUCUGAUGCACAAGCCAACCGACAGCUACGUGACGCACGAUCGGCAAAAGUUCUAUUUCAACAUAAAUCCUCACUUUUCGAACCGCGCCACCUCCAAGAAUUCCGACAACAAACUUGCUCAACGGUUGAGCUUACGCGAGCGUCGAAUCAAAUAUUCCCAGCUUCGGAAGGCAAUUCCACUGGCAUUAUCAAACUCGAACAACGUCAGCUUCGAGUCAACGACCAGCUUCAUCGAGAUGAACAGACUUGGCAACAGAAGUGUCGAUUCGAAUUUCUUCAAUUCGCCAUCUUCGCAGAAAACUCCACAAAGUUCAAUCCAAUACGAAUCCAACUACGAAAAGUUGAACCAGGCUCUGGCAGAUACCAAAAUACGCAGACGAAGUUGGAAGAGCGAAAAACACAAAGUUAGACGUUUGCAAAGCCCCGGGAUACGGGUUUGCUCUACCCCCAAGGAGACAUUCUCUUCGCCGAAGAUGUGCGUCGAAAGGGAUCUGCAGCGAGCGUGUCAUUCACUUCCCACCAAAUUCAAAUUCUUCGAGCAGAAUUAUUUCGGCACCGGUAACGACUUCAUUCAGGAGAGUUUCCUACGCGCCAUGUGCGAUUUUCUGUUGAUUCUUCCGGACCAGGAAGCGAAGCAAUUUUUCAACGCGGAAAAUCAAAUAAUCGAAACACUGCUGAUCCUGGCGAAUAACUCCAACAUUCGGAUUCGAGCAAUGAUCAUCAAUCUGAUCGCGGUGAUCAGUGACCGGGCUCUCGGGGCUCCAUCCGUGCUGAACUACACCGACGAGCAGUUCAAAAUCUUCUGGCACCAUUUGGGCAACCAGAUUGGAUCGCACAGCGUAAACGUGGAACUGUUGAACUGCUGUUUCCGGUGGAUCACCAAAAGUAACUCGACGUUAUCGUUGGAAUCCACGUUGCUCGACUAUCGCAUCAAUGUGGUGCAGGAGAGUGGACUGAACGUGCUGCUGUCGAUUUUACCACAGGCCCACGUUGAUCCGAGACUUUUCCAGCUCGUAUUGCAUCUAGUGGACUACAUUGGCAUGAAACAACUCAAGGUGGCCCAGUACAUGAUCGAGAAUGGACUCGUUGGAACGGUGGUUAAAACGGCCAUCAAAAUGAACGAAAGAGAGGAUCAGCUGGAGCAUGUCAGUAACUGUAACAGCUACCUGGAGUUUGUCACGAAUUUCGCGCACAGGGCGCUGGUGUCCACCUACUUGAUAAAUCCAUUCUGGGACCUGAUCAACAGUUUAACAUUGGCAGAGAGACACAAAAACCCGAAAGUGACCCGUGGUGUCCGCGAUCUGCAUGCUUAUUUGUAUCGAAACUUGCUUCAGUUCUUCAUCUACCGUCCGACGGAAUCGAUUAUCGGUCACAAGAACAAUUCCUUUACCGUCGACCUACCGGGCAGUACCAUUCCGAAAGCCGAGGUGAAAACGCGAUACAAUCAAAUUCACGACAAGGCCGUCCAUUUCAUCACCAAUUGCGACGGUAAUCACUCGGUAUCCGAGGCCGAAGUGUCCCUGAUCAAGAGUCUCAUGAAUCGAACGUUGAAUGGCAACCCUCGUGGUGGCAAUAUUAUCCUCUGGUGUCUACUUCCGAAGCGUCCCGUAAAUCUGAAGAUCUACACCAUCAAGCAACUGAGUCAGUACAUCGACGGAGGAAACUAUCUGUCGUUAAUUUGCGAUACCCGGAUGUUGAAAGUGUUCAGUCAGAGUGUUCUGUUGCUCAAUUCGAAGGAGAUGUCGCUUGACGAUCUCGAGUAUGUUAACAAUUUUUGUGAGGCGAUCGAAGGUACACACAGCAGCACGUGGACACUGCCGCAAACCUUGGAGGAAUUCGACUAUCUGAGAACAGUCAACUUGAACGAUCAGGAACAAACGAUAAUGAAGUCGAUCAACAAGCAGGAAAAGUUGAUCCACUCGUGUACGGUUGCCGCCAUGGAGAUUACCCGGAAUAUUGUCGAGAAGCAGAAUCGGUUACGGAAGGAACUGAUCAUUCAACUGAAGAAGGAUAGUGACUUUAAGUUCUUCAAUCAAUGGAGACAGAUCAUCGAUCAAAUGACGCAUGAAGACGCUCCAUGGUUCAAUCCGAAUUUAUAUCCAAACUCGUGGGAGAUGGAUGAUACGCACGGUCCCGAUAUGUCACAGAAACGACUGAAACGGUGUCAUUUGACUGUGGACCAACGAUUUUUGCAGAAGGACUUACAAUGCACCGGUGGACUGACAACCGAACCUUUACUGAGCUAUUUGAUUCCGAAAAAUAGGAGUCAAGAGUAUUCGAUGGAAAAUCAAGUCCUGUAUACGUCGUUGGUUAGACAGAUCUCACCCAAACAGGAACUGGAUAGUGAAUGUAUUUUGACCAGCACGGAAUUGGUGUUGAGUCCAACUACGGGUGAUCUCGAUAUUUACGAUUUGUACAGUAUCAAAAAGAUCUGGACGAAGCGCUAUCAGCAUCUGGAAACGGCCGUGGAGAUUUUUCUCACAAGUGGAAAAUCGUUGUUUCUGGUAUUCGACCGUCAAUUGGAACGUGAGAUCUUUGCCGGAUUCUUCCAGGAUCUUGUUCAGCGGGAAGGCCGACAGGAGUUGGACGUCCAAACGCAACUUUGGAGGGAUGGUUGCCUCAGUAACUGGGAGUACCUGAUGCACUUGAAUCAAAUAUCCGGCCGAAGCUAUCAUGAUCUUAUGCAGUAUCCGGUGUUUCCUUGGAUCCUUGCCGAUUACGAAAACGACAAACUGGAUCUCCUACUGGAACAGAGUUUUCGUAGUUUGGAGAAACCGAUAGCGGUUCAGUAUAAAGAUCUGGAGAAGCACUAUGUAAACAAUUUCAAUUAUUUGAAGCAAACGGAAAACGAUUGCAUCAGUAAACGGAAGAUCCAACCGUAUCACUACAGUUCACAUUACUCGAACUCUGGCACAGUGUUGCAUUUCUUGGUGCGGAUGCUUCCCUUCACGUCACUAUUUCUGCACUACCAAGACGACAGUUUUGAUAUUCCGGACAGAACUUUUCAUUCACUGUUGACCACUUGGAAUCUGGCGAGCAGGGACUCACCGACGGACGUGAAAGAACUGAUACCGGAGUUUUUCUGUUUUCCCGAGUUUUUGGAAAACUUGGAAUGUUUCGACUUCGGCGUUCGACAGUCCGGCGAACCCGUAAACCAUGUCGAGUUACCGCGUUGGUGCAAUAAUUCCUCGCGGUUAUUUGUGCUUAUUCAUCGGCAGGCACUGGAAUCCGAUCAUGUUCGGAAACGAAUAUCUCACUGGAUUGAUUUGGUUUUCGGUUACAAACAAACUGGAUCAGCGGCAGUUGAGGCAAUCAACGUGUUUCAUCCGGCGACGUAUGCCAAUUUUACCGCUUCCGAUAUUGAAGAUCCAGUGGAAAAACUUGCACUGGAAACAAUGGUCAAAACGUACGGUCAAAUGCCAAGGCAACUGUUUGAUAGUCCACAUCCACUGGCGCUGCUGGGGCCUACCGCAACAAAUUGUCCCGCUGUGUUGGACAGUGUAGGUGGACUGAAAUGGGGCCUGUAUGCUGGAUCACCGGCUCUUCCAAAUCCCAAAAUCGUAGACAUGAGAACUAUGAUGGCUCAUAUGACAACCAUGGUCCAGUUGAAUGGAAACAAAAUAGUUGGACUGUCCUCUCAUUCUAACAUUUUCCAAGGGCAGCAAUCGAAGAGUCAAUUCGUAGUGAACUGGGGCCAGUUGGACGAUGUUAUCCGGUAUCGAUCAGUACAACAAUGUGAUGCCAAAUCGAACGAAAUAGUUUAUAACAGUAGUAUGGAUCCGAUCACCGCCUGUGGAACGGAUCCCUAUUGUACCGAUAUCUGGUUCGGUCAUCAGUCGGGUCGAAUAGCCGUAUUUCAGCAGCAACAGAUCCGCAAAGUAUCGUUCUUCAACCAUAACAUCCGCCCUGCGGUGACACGGUCGCGAUCGAGUUCUUUUCGACGCUGGUUCGAUCGAAAAAGUGCGACUCUUAGACGAAAGCUAGAAGGUGACGAUGACAGUGAUGACUCGUCAGACACAAUGCCCAUUAAGUGGAACUUCCCAGUGAUAUUGAUUAAACACCGAGCAGAGAUAACCGGCAUUGCGAUAUCGACGGAGUUCAAGAUCGUGGUCAGCGUCAGUAUGGAUGGUAGUGCGGCUAUUUGGGAUUACAACAGUUUGAGCUAUGUUCGAGAGAUUCCUCGACCGGUGAAUGUGAUUAAUUCGAAGAUCCACCUGAUUGCAAUUAGUCCUACUCUGGGGGACAUAGUGACCGUUCAUUCGAGACUCGAAUCCCGAACUGGCUUGAGCCGUUCGAGUGAAUCUUCGACGUUGGUAGACGACGAAAGUUUUGAGGUUACUGAGAACUACAACUUGGAUUAUGUAAACGUAUCGAUGUCGUCGAGCCGUGAUCAGUUGAGGUUGCACACGAUCAAUGCCAAGUAUGUGGAACACGUCUUUCUCGAAAGCCCCGUGACGGCCCUCUGCUAUACGGCAGUGAAGGAAGGUUGCGGAGUCAACUGCAUUGCCGUCGGAUUAGACAAUGGCAUAAUACGGCUAUACAGCAGCUGGAACCUAGCGAUGGUUCGUGAAAUUACAACCAAUCCGUAUGAUGUUUUUGGGUUGAAAUGUAUCAUCUACUCCAGGAACCAGCAUUUGGUCCUACUGACCACAAGCAAUGUGAUUCAAACGUGGAAAUCCGAGGGACUCCCGGGAGCAUCACCGCAGAUACUCGAGUUGCCUAUCCGUCGCUCAAUCGAAUGAAUAAACUUAGGCGGCAACAGCCGAACAGUGAUUAUAAAUGUACUUUAAAAGUGUAUUUUCAAUAAUUAUCAUUGAGAGUUUUUAAUGAUUUUUAUCAACAGUUUUUGUUUGAAGAAAAAAAACCUAGGUAAUAUAUUUUAUAUUCUA